AAUCUUGACACCAACCUCCAAGUCGGUCCAGCCCUCCAGCAUGAAUAUGUCAAUGAUUUGCACUCUGCAGCCCUUUCCCUUGAUGGAAAAGUGCUAGUCACUGGUUGCAAGAACUGCAACGCACAUGCAUGGGACUAGUUGGCCUAAAAGACUUACUGUCUAUUGGUACCAAUCUUGUGCCACUGAGUGUCGACAUAUCACCCGCCCGCUCUUUCUCACUGACAAUGUCUGCCGAUAGGCACCAAAAGACAAACUCAAACAGAAGGCAUCUCAAGAUGAUUCAGCAGUUAAGCAUACACCCCGCUCUUCGCUCGAUGGCAAGUCGUUUUUGGAAGCUGACGCUACACGUUGUCAUGACUAGUUUGAUGGUUUCAAUGGGCUUUCACCGACAUUUUUCUGCCAGCAUGGAAGCCGACGUUAAUUCCUCAAGGGGUGCACACCCCCCAUUCCUCUGUCAAAGCGCUCCUCUCUCGCCUUUCUUCACUCAUCCACCGUGUUCGACCCGAAGUAGUAGUGACGCGACAGACCCUUCGCAACCCUCAAGGCCUUCGGCAUUCCAUCUAUAUGCACUCCUUACGAACUCCAGCAACUCUCCACACCUUUGCGGUCACAUUUGCGUGUGCUACCGUCUACUCUUUCCUCAUUCCUGCCUCGAUCUCGACUCGGCGCUGACGAAGAAGCCGAACCUCAUCUCACAACCCCUUUUAGUUCGCGACUCUCACAACGCCCAAAGCAGUCCUCCAAAACUGAGCAACAAACACGGUUGCACGGCCAAGCCCAGCAGUCGUCAUUUACAGACUCAGCCUGCCUAUGCCUCGACAUCCGCGACAUCUUCUGCUCCAGGUACAACACCCACACAACCACCAUCCAUUCCCUGGUAGGCUCUGAUCGUACUAUUUCUCUGCUGUGCAUCUCCACCACAAACUCGUGGUCAUC